AUGUUCACACCCAGAUACCAAUUUCCUAAAUACUCCAACUUGAUUUUAAAUGACUUCAAAGGACAUCAAUGGAAAGCCCUUCAAACAUUUACUACAAUUUUACCACAAGUGAAUUUAAUGGUAGAGUUAAGGGAUUUAAGAGCACCUAUAAGUAGUAGAAAUUGCAUUUUUGAGAUAUUGCACAAGAAAUAUAAGACACCAAGGUUAAUAGUGUACACUAAGGGCGACAAGUUUUUAUCCAAUAAUAGCAGUAGUGGCAAUACUAUGCUAACACCACUUGUAAAUAAAUUAAAUGAACUACAUGCAGGCAAAGAUGAAUAUAUUAUUGUUGAUGGCAGAAAUACCAAACAAAACAAGCAUUUACUGGAUAUUAUAAAAUACAAAUAUUAUAGUGAGGAUGAUUAUCCUUUAGGUUUCAGAUUGUUGAUAUGUGGGAUCCCAAAUGUGGGUAAAUCUACCAUAAUAAAUUCUUUGCGAAAGAACUACUUUACUAGCACAAUCAGGGGGGAAAGGACAAUGGGGGGAACAUCCAAGUUUAAAAAAGUUGCCAAGACUGGGGAUGAGGCUGGUGUUACCAGGAAAACUAGUGAAGUGAUUAAGAUUGAUGAUUGUAAAAAUGGGAUAUACUUGUUUGAUACGCCUGGAAUUUCCUUACCUAAGAAAGUCAUGACACAAGAGAAAUUCUUGAGUUUGUCACUUUGUGGGAGUGUGAAGAAAAAUAUUGUUGAUCCAGUAAUACAGGCAGAUUAUUUAUUAUACUUGGUAAAUUUACAAAGGGAUAGAUUAAAAAUGUUCGGUGCUGGCAGUACCACAUCAAUUCCACUGAGUAAUAACAUUUAUGAAGUUUUAGACAAGAUGAAUGGUAAUAAUGAAAAACAAAAUGCUAUGAAUUUUAUAGAUAGUGUGAUUAAUGGUAGUAAUGUGUUAUUUGAUGUUGACAGUUUGGCCAUAGACCAACGCUGCUAUGAUGAGAUUUUGAACUCAGAGGUUGCCAAACUAGGAGGUACAGAUGAUUUUAUAUCAACCGUUUUAUAUGGCAGCAGCACUAUUACUAAAUCUAACAAAGGAAGCCGAGCUAUCGGUAGUAAAUUUAAAAAAGCUAAAAUGGUUAAUAAGAUAUUCUAA